AUCUCUGUUACAGCGCCGUCUCGGAUUGGCCAAUUCUUCACCACGUGACCAGGUUAUCCGUUUUCCCUUUUUUCUAAGGUGAAGUGAAAUAAGGAUAGGGGACAGGAGUCCAACUUACACCCGGAGUGUGAAGGCUGAAGUAUGGCCUGAGGAUCUGACCUAGAAGGAGAUUCACCGGGACGACACAUCACUCGACUGCUUGCCAUAACCACCAGAGAGGUAGAAGCUAAACAGGUACACGCGCCUUUUUUAUACCGGAAGUGAACGUGAGGUCGUCAUGGGGAGCAAAGUCAGCUCCAAAAUGGCAGCUCCAGCCGCUCGAGUUAUCCAGGCUAUCAGGCCUCACGCUCCUCUCAUCAAGUUCCCCAGAAGACAAGAACUCCCAAAGCCCAAUGCCCAUGAGGCAUUGAAAACAUUAUCACUAAACUUUGCACCACAAGCCUCCCCUCCAGCUGCAGCGCCCCCUCAGAUAUCCAGACCUCAUGUACCUUUGACCCCGAUCCCUGGCACGCCGGACACCCUGGCCUCUAUUGAGCUCCUCACUGCAAGGUACCGCAGGAGAGCGCUGACAGUGGACGAAAUGGAAUACAUCCAGCGUGGUGGCCCCGAGUGACGUGACGCAACUCAAUCACUGCAACCAAAGUCCUUAUCUGUUGGAGAUCAGUAUGUGUCUUUAAACCUGUCCCACCGCACAAGAGAACCUAAUGCCACAUGAGACAUAAUAUAGAAUAAACUAUUAUAUGAAUCCUGAUAAAAUGUACAUAUGUUUAUUUUUAGCUGUGUAUAUAUUUUAGGUUUAUUCUUUAGGGACAUUUUCACUGUUUUAUACACAACUGGCCACAACCUUCACCUCUAUAGAGUCCCUGGCUUAACUUUUAAACAUCACACUGUCCUUUAUUUUUUGUAUGUAUUCAGUAAUAGUGCUGUUGAUGAGAGCGAACCAUCCAGGUCCUUUGCCCCUGACUUGCGGCUCGGCCCCCGUUUGGGUGAAAGCAGUCUGUCCGGAAUGACUGGCAGUAGAAGGAAAAUCUAGGGCGAUUUAAAUAGCUGAAAAUAAGAAAAUUGGGAAUUUUGAGAGCCUAAAUCUAAUGGCUAAUCAGCCAAGUAUGUAAAUUAUGACUGUUUGAUUCUCCUCAAGCUCUUUUUUCUAAAUUGAAUUAAUUUUCUAUAAUUUGUAGUUCUAUAAACACAGCUGAAAUGUAGGCUUAAUUGUCAGCAUAGCUUUUAUAAAAUUAAAAAGGGCAAUAUUAAUGAGUAUUUUCUAACAUGAGGUUAGGGGAACUGGUUCCUUUAGAUAACCCUAAAAUAAAAUGUAACCUGGAGGCUAUCAUUACACUUAACUUUUUAUGCAUCUUGACUGAAAUUAAGUGCAUUUCCCUCAAUGGGUGAUCACUAUACAUCUUAUUAUGGGACAAAGGAGCUCGGAGACAAAGACGAGAAGCUGUUAAGUUAAUCAAACUCCUCUUUAGCUUUAACAAUUUGCAGUUAUGUUUUUCUUUGCUUACAGUCGUAUACAUGAGAUGUGAAUGAAGAAUCCAGACAGGCGGUCUCCUUCUGUUAGAUAGUGUCAUACUCAACAGCAGUACCUAAGUUAACCACAUUAUCCUCUCUGCUCUGGGCCCCAAACCACAGGGGUUCUUUUUUAUCAUCCUUUGAGGGAAAAUAAUGUCAUUUUUUGAAUUAUUUUGGAGUAAAACACUGUUUAAUCGUGGUGCUACUCAUAUUUUCAGAUCUACCGCCUGUACUUUUACAUCACUUGUUUUCACUCAAAUGGGCGCUUGUGAGUGGGAAGAGAUGUUUGCCUUCUCUCAAGGAGACCCAAAACCAGCACAUGGCUGGGAUUCAUUGAAGAGUUAUUACUGUUUCACAUCUUUCACUGGAAUAAACUGGCCACACAGUGCUGAGGUUAGCUGGAGAUCAACUCGAAGUCAUGCUGAGUAAAGUAUGUUGACGAUUUCAUGUGAUCUGCUGGAUUGAAAUGAUUAAAAGAAUAUUGUAUAACA